CUGUGGCCUUCGUCGACAGUCGCCUAACGUCUCCGUGUUCACGGCGUCUGUUGCAGAGAAAUCCUGUGUUCAGUCGCUGCUCGUCGUCGGAAUUAAACCAGCUGUGCUCUGUGUUUAAUAUAGUCAUUCGCGCAGCUGCCGGCAGUGAGGAAGCUGGAGCGGGUCGGGUCGUGAGUCAGAGCGGCGGCGCUGUCUAGAUGUUGAACUGGAUCAGGUGUUAAUACAGAAGGAUCUUCAGUGCGUAAAGGUGCCGGAAUGAGCUUCUUCAGUUUUGGUCAAAGUGCUGAAAUCGACAUAGUUUUGAAUGACGCCGAAACGAGGAAGAAGGUGGAACACAAGACGGAAGAUGGGAAAAAGGACAAAUAUUUUUUAUUCUACGACGGAGAGACGGUGUCGGGAAAAGUCAACAUAACGCUGAAGAACCCGGGCAAGAGACUGGAGCACCAGGGAAUCAAGAUAGAGUUUAUAGGACAGAUCGAGCUGUACUAUGACAGAGGGAACCAUCAUGAGUUUGUGUCUUUGGUGAAGGACCUGGCUCGGCCAGGAGAAAUGACCCAGUCUCAGACGUUUGACUUUGAGUUCACACAUGUGGAGAAACCGUACGAGUCUUACACGGGCCAGAACGUUAAACUCCGAUAUUUUCUACGAGCGACGGUCAGCAGAAGGCUAAACGACAUCAGCAAAGAGAUGGACAUUGUUGUUCACACACUCAGCACAUAUCCAGAGCUGAACUCUUCCAUUAAGAUGGAAGUGGGAAUCGAGGACUGCCUACACAUCGAGUUUGAGUACAACAAGUCCAAGUACCAUCUGAAGGAUGUGAUAGUGGGUAAGAUCUAUUUCCUGCUAGUGCGGAUUAAAAUCAAGCACAUGGAGAUAGACAUCAUCAAGAGGGAGACGACAGGGACUGGGCCCAAUGUUUACCAUGAAAAUGACACUAUUGCUAAGUACGAAAUCAUGGAUGGAGCGCCGGUCAGAGGUGAAUCGAUCCCGAUCCGACUCUUCUUGGCUGGCUAUGAGAUGACUCCUACCAUGAGAGACAUUAAUAAGAAGUUCUCUGUUCGCUAUUACCUCAACCUUGUGCUCAUUGAUGAAGAGGAAAGGCGCUACUUCAAACAGCAGGAGAUCAUAUUAUGGAGGAAGGGUGACAUCGUGAGGAAGAGCAUGUCUCAUCAAGCUGCCAUCGCCUCCCAGCGCUUUGAGGGAUCAGCUUCUGCAGAGAGAGCCCUCGCCCAGGCUAAAGAGGACAACGACUGAACCCAACCACGUCAUCUCAAGACCUCACAACAGAGAGAAGUCUGUGUCUGCGUGUGUGUGUAUGUGUGAGCAGAGGCUUUGAAUGUAUGUUUAUGGACGUGCAGCUACGGCAUGAUGAUCUUCACCAUUCCUCAACGUUGGAUUUUGUGAAAAAGCUGUAAAAGUGGCUUUUUAAAAAGGGAAGCGAGAGAUGAAAAAUUAAAUGUUUAUUAACAGUGAAACAAACAUCUGCCAAUACAUUGAUUAAUUCCAGUUUUUUUCCCCGUUUGUGCAGCGCAUCUAAAAAGUCCCACCACAUUCCAAUCUGUUUCCUAGUAAGACACAUUUUUUUUAACUUCUUUUUCAGAUAUUUUGAUAUUUCUGUUUUUACUGUAACUGUUCCAGUUUUAGUACAUUUUCAAAAAGUUAGUUCUGUCUGCUUUUAUGCAUUCAAAGUACAUGCCUUCUUCCUUUGAAUUUGCUGCCAUUCCCAUGUCUUUUCAAAGCACUUUGAGAUUUUAAGUGAAUUUUAAGGAGGAUGCUGCUUGCAGGUUAAAUGUAGCAGUGAGCAGGACCAAACCUUCGAUUUAAUUGUGACUUUUAUAACAUUUAUAGUGAAGCGAUCACACUUCGAGGCUGCGAGUUCAGUAUUAAAGGUCAGCUGAUAUAUUCAUGUCCGUCUUCUAAGGGCGUUUUAUUAAGAGAUGCUUUUAUUUAGGGCCUGUUUUGUAGGCAUGCCUCAUCUUCAUCCAGUGUUUCUUAUUGUUCUGUAAGUGUGAUGCCACAGUUUCUGAGGCUUUACUAGAGUCAUGUCUUAAUUCUUGUGCCUAAUUGUCGACUACCAGUUUUCACCUUCUGUAGUACUGGAAAUAAGAUCUUUUCUUUCUGCCUCAUGAAAAACCUUCCCGUUAACUAACUCUCAUGGAAUUUGCUAUUUGAUAGAAAUCUGUAACUGUAACAGCUUUAAGUGCAGUGUGAAUUCUUAGUCAAUCGAAGAGCUUAUAAUAUCAUCAGUGUGUACAUGAUAGUGAAGCAUAAUUCAUGACCCUUGAAAAUAAAGGUUCUUAAAUGGCUCCUGGCUUGGACGUAAGGUUCUAGGAAAAACCUUUAGCUGGCAUUUAAUCUUUACACGCUGUGGAGGCUUUUUCAGCUUUUAAAAAAAAAAAAAUCUUCACACUCGCACAGCUCAGUUACAAGAAUGAUACUUUAGCGAAUCAUACUUUGAAAGGUUCUUUAGGCAACCAGUAAUGGUUGUUCUGUGUCAUUGCACAGAGAACUCUUAACAGUGCACUUAAGAAAACCUAUGAAAUACUUGUCUUUCAUGAUUGGGUUGAUUAUAAAGUUUGGUCCUUCCAUGGAUUUUUAUUGAGUUCUGGAGCUGUUAAAAUCUCUUUCAUGAUCAUUUUCAUGUAUAAGGCCUUGAGGGCAUUUCAUGUUUACUCUCAAACACACCCAAGACAUCUUAUCUGCCCUGGGUGCAGCAGUAGUGUCUUGAUACUGGUCUUUUGGCCCAGCCCUGCUGUUGGCUUCUAGCAUUUGAGGACAGAUUUGACUCGAAUAACUGACGAUAUUUUCAAAACUUUUACAUAAUUAAUGAUAUGUAAACAGUCAUUUAGAGUGAUCUGAUGUGAAAUGUUGAAGAGAAACCACUAAGAUCAUAAUUGUUCUCAGUGGUGAUGGGAACCAGAUGUCUGAAGUGAUGGCUUGAAAAAUUAGACAUUGUUUUACAGCAGUUUUAAGAGAAGGUUUUGGCCUAGCAUGUGUUUUCUUAAAUGCGUUGAAGGCAGAGAUGCAUCCAGAGCUUUAUAAGGCAAAGUAGUCCCCAAAUAAACUAACCCCACCCCCCACCCCCAUCACAUAUAAAAAUAAAUAAAUAAAUAAAUAAAUAAAAUCUGACUUUCUCCACAGUGUACCCAUUUAUAUCAAACCACUCUGAAUGACUUUGUUUACACAAAAUUAGACUGAAAAUUGGUGGAACUCCCCUUUAAGGGUAAGUGGUCUGGCUGAUGACAAAUAGUGACCAUCAAGCACAGGUUGGCUUACUUGGCCAAAGCUUUAAGUCAUCAUUGAAACCAGUGUGGAUUAUUUUGCUCAAAGUUCUGUGGAGGCCAUGGUUUAGUAUGCCAGUCGUGCUGUCCAUUUCUUAUGUACAUGUUUAAGGUGAUCAUUGUUUUGUCUUUUUCAGAGAGUGAGGAGAAAAAUGUCCUUUAUUUGCUUGCAGUAGGAUCCAGUUCCUAACCUCCUAAUCGUAUAGCAUUGUGUGCAAACAAAUAGUGCUUUGAACAGCAUCAGACAAAAAAAAGUAUACUUCUAUAUUAAUAUUAUGUAUGUACAAAAAUAAUUUACAGAUAUAAAGGUAUAUAUGAUUUGAAAAAAAGUCUUUAGAAAUUGCUUAUGACCAGCUUUAAGGUACUUAGUGAAAAGGGACUUUGAGAAUCCUGUAAUGUGCUCGAUGCUAAUAUAAAGUCUGCAGUACACCAACACUGACAGUGCUGUCACUGCUUGUAUCCCAUGUUCUGUAAAAUGAAAAUGUGUUUUUAGUCAGAUUGCCCUGAUUAAAACAGCCCUCUGAAAUUUUCA